GCCCUGGUGCUGAACGCCGACUACCAGCCCCUGUCCUUCCUCCCGCUCUCCGUGUGGAGCUGGCAGGACGCCAUCAAGGCCGCGUGGCAGGGGCGCGUGGACGUCGUCGCGGAGCACGACGUCACGAUCCGCUCCGCGUCCGCGUCCUUCGCGGUGCCGUCCGUCGUCGUGCUGCGCAACUACGAGCCGAGAUCCAUCAAGGCGCCCCGCUACUCGAAGCGGCUGCUCUUAUUGCGCGACGGCUACUGCUGCCAGUACUGCCGGCAAAGAUUCCACUCGUCGCAGCUGACGGCGGACCACGUGAUCCCGCGCGCGGCCGGCGGCAAGAGCUCCUGGGACAACGUCGUCGCGUCCUGCAUGCCCUGCAACCACAAGAAGGGGUCGUUGCCGCCGAACAAGCUGAAGCACGUCGGCAUGACGCGCGCGGACGACCCCUUCGAGCCGUCCGCGUACCAGCUCGAGGCGAAGGCGCGCCAGUUC